GGAAGGGAGAGAGCUACCAAACACUCUCCUUCUGUAAGAGAGGGUUGACAAGAAGAGGAGAGGCUGCCAAGAGAUGGACUUGAGUAGGAGGAGACUGCUCUAGCGACAGCCAGCCUUGAAUGUCAUUCUCUCAAAAGGAAUAUGACAAGUCUGAAGAUAUACCUGAGGAGGUAGCUACAGCAGGACAGGUGUGUUCCCAUGGAUGACUCAAGCCUGUCCAGCACUAUUGACGUAGACAAAGGCUUUGCCAUUGCCUUUGUUGUUCUUCUGUUUCUUUUCCUAAUAGUGAUGAUUGUUCGAUGUGUCAAGUUGGUGAAGAAUCCCUAUGAGGCCAGUUCACAUGAGAACCAUCUCUGAGCUGAAUUAUGAAAAAGCCUGGUAGACUCCCCCUCACAGGAGAUUUGAAAUCUUUUAUACAGACUAUUGUGAUCCAGAUUCUGUAUUAUUUUGCCUCCCUGUGUCUCAGUCCUCUCACUCCUGCAUUCCACAAUAGGCACAGGAGUGCGAAUUAGGAAUAAUAAAAAGGAUGAAACACAAGCCAGUUUGCAUUGUUCCUGUUCAGGGAAAUGGUUACAAAAGUGGGACAGAGACAGGUUGAACUCACUCAUUAAAACAAGGCAAUGGGUGGCAAUGAUAAAUCAAUAAGGGAUUUUUAUCCAAAUUUUACAAAGAAAUCAACACCCAAAAAAUAUCCAGUUAAAAAUGGGCAGAGGACCUGAAUAUACACCUAUCUGAAGAGGACAUACAGAUGGCCAAUAGACAUAUUAAAAGAUGCUCAAGGUCAUUAACCAACAGGGAAAUGCAAAUUAAAACCAUGAGAUAUCGCCCAGCAGGUGUGGCUCAGUGGUUGAACUUCGACCUAUGAACCAGGAGAUCACAGUUCGAUUCCAGUCAGGGCACAUACCCAGGUUGUGGGCUCCAUCCCCAGUGUGAGGCAUGCAGGAGGCAGCCAAUCAAUGAUUCUCUCUCAUCACUGAUAUUUCUAUCUCUCUCUCCCUCUCCCUUCCUCUCUGAAAUCAAUAAAAAUAUAUUUUAAAAAAUAAAACCAUGAGCUAUCACCUCACACCUGUCAGAAUAAAUAUCACCAAUAAAUCAACAAACAAGUAUUGGUGAAGAUGUGCAUUGUUUGUGGAAUUGCAAAUUGGUGCAGCCACUAUGGAAAAUAGUA